AUGAAAAAAUAUCAUUCAAGUGAAAUAAUUUUAAGUGAAAGUGGUUUCAAAAGUAGAAACUCGGAAGUGCUUUAUGACGAUGAUAAUGUUCAUUUCUCAAAUAUUCCCAUGUCAGGUUCUAUGUCCAAAUCACUUAAGGCAUUGAACACUUAUGUUAAAAAAAAUAUUUUUUACGACGAAAGUGAAGUCACAGAAGAUAAUCAAAAUGAUGAUAGCGCUUUUUUCUCCAAAGAAACUAGUCCUAAUGAAUCUGUGUCUAAGAGUGAUUCAGACAGCCUCAAAAGCAUUAACUCGGAGAAAAAAUGUGAUAGUCAAACAUUAUCAUCAUUAAAUAGAAACGAGAUGAUUGUAACAGAUGACCCAACUACAUUAACUGAUGAUUAUAAGUUUAAUAAGCUAUUAGAAAACAAUAAUAUAAAUGAAACAUCUGAUUUCUUGAUUACAACAUAUAAAAAGCAAAUUUAUGAUUACGAUGAUGAAAAAAAUAUUUCUACUAUUACUACAAAUUGUAAUGCACUUCUCACAACCGAUAGCGUUAAUAUAAAAAAUCUAAAUAAGGUAGAGGAGGAGAAUACCCAAAAUACUAAAAGUAUUCCAUUUCUUCCAACUGAACAUAAUAUCAUAAAUGAGUCAACUAAAUCACAAAUAAUAGAAACCCACGAACCCGAUAAUGAUAGUAAAAUUAAUAAAAUUGUAGCUCCGACUGCCCCUAAACGUACUACAUCGAAAGGCCAAGCCGAUUUUCGCGGUAUGAAUUACAAAACAAAGAUAUACAAAGAUGUUACGGAUAAACCAAUCCCUUCUCAACCCAACCACAAUUUGAAAGAAAACCGUCUGGACAUUGAAAAAUACGAAUUUGAAAUAUGUCAAAAUAAUAAAAAUAAAGCGCAAAUCCCUCUCGAAGAAUCUAAAAUAAAUACUUAUUCAUCACUAACUUUAAAUAGAGAUAAAAAAUCAAAGCAAAAUGUUGAUUUCAACUAUGAUGUUACCCUUAGGCCAAAUAAUUUAAUAUCACAGAAUAAUAAUCGACACACUAUACAUGAUUUUAAAGAAUGGGGAAAUAGAACAGAUAUUUAUCCUGACGUUUAUGCACCUAUUCCCUAUAAAUCUCCGAGCCGACGCUACGUGGAGAGCGAUGUAAACAUCCACUAUCGGUGUCCGGUGCGACACGACCCCUUACCGCUUGUUCCUGAAAGGGAACUCGCCCGGCAGCAGGCGGAGCACAUGAAACGACUCUACAGAGAACAGCGACGAAACAAAUAUUUACAGGAAAAUGAUAUACAUCCCGCUGAAAUCGAAGCAUUUGAUGCCUCAAUCAAGGAACUACAGGAUAUGCAAAAUAGGCGUCAUCAAGACAAUUUUAUGCCAUCACAAAAAACAAUAGUGCCUCUAAACAGAUACGAUGAAGCUGAGAAGAUCAUAGCCAAAGCAUUAUAUACCUUCAAUGGCCAAACUACAAGAGAACUUAGCUUUAGGAAAGGCGAUAUCAUAAAUGUUAGAAAACAAAUAGAUUCUAAUUGGUACGAAGGUGAAGUGCAUGGGAAAGUUGGAUUAUUCCCAUAUAAUUAUGUUGAGUUACUUAAAGGCGAUGGCGUUCAAACUCUCAAAAAGCCGACUGUUAUUGAAGGUAGAGCUAGAGCGAAGUUCGAUUUCACCGCACAAACUAACCUUGAACUUCCUUUAAAGAAGGGUGAAGUAGUAGUCUUGACGAGACGCAUCGAUCAUAAUUGGUGGGAAGGCAGAAAUGGAAAUAAAACCGGUAUUUUCCCAGAUAGCUAUGUAACAAUAUUGCAAGAACCUAGUCAGAGUAAACCUGAACCCCAACCCAUCCUAAGCACGUCGAAGCCAGUGGCGUCUCCCGCGGCGCACGGGCUGCUCAACGGCGUGGACAAGCGCAGUAUGGGUGCGCACCGCUACACGCCGCAACUCAACAGCCCCGCGCUCUCUAACGCACCACCUGCGGAUAUACCUCUACAAGGUUAUAUAACAAAGUCGACGUCAUCACUCUCUGCGUCGGAGCGCGGCUACGGCCCGCCGACGGGUGCCGGCGUGGACCUCAACAACACGGAGCCGCUAUACGUAGACACCAACGCGGAAGCUGUGCCAUAUCGUGCAAUGUACAAAUAUCGGCCACAAAAUCCCGAUGAAUUAGAAUUAAAUGAAGGAGACACAGUCUACGUGUUAGAGAAGUGCGACGACGGCUGGUACGUGGGUUCGAGCCAAAGGACCGGACGAUUCGGAACUUUCCCUGGUAACUACGUGGAGCGCAUU